AUGUUUUGGGAGUUACGGGCCAGAGAUCAGCUGGCAGAUGUCAUCAAAGCUGCUACAAAGGACAGUCCUGUUGUUCAGGGAAACGCCAUCUUGGCUCUGAGCGGCCUCGCCGCUGUUCUCGCCAAGUAUGAGAGCAACCUGCCCACUGAUGGUGACGGCAGCCUGGGGGCUGGACCAGAGUUUGUGGCCACAGGAAGCUGGUUGACCAUGGUGCUGGACACCCUGCUCAGCAUCAGCAGCAGCAGCUUCAAGGCCACAGGACGAGUCUUCCCCUGGUUUCUACACCGCUCCUACUCGGGUGAGAACACAGCGAGCACCAUAGCGCGCUCCUGUGCAAGCCUCGCCCUGUCGCUGCUCGUCUCCGUGCUCGUGGUGUGGCAGCGGGACAGUCUGACCCACAUCCUGUCGGCACUGCGGGCCGGCCUCCCGGGCUCCCCCGCCGCAGACGACUCCCAGGCCAUCCAGUUCCACUCCGGGCUCGGUCUGGGCAUGACCCCGGGCUUCUCCCUGGCUCUGGGGUUAGCGGUCCACGGCCUGUCGGUGUGCGGCCACGGCAAAGCAGAGCACAUCCACCCUCACCUGCUCGCAGCCUGGAUCAAAAUCUUACUGGCUGAGGGCUGUCCCACCAUGCAGCGGCUGGCUGCUGUCAACGGGCUGGUGGCUUUGGUGGGGUCAGAGAGUUACCUCAUUCAGCUGAAGAGUGAGACGGAGCUCGUGUCCAAGCAGCACAACAGGCUGAAUGAAGUUAUUCGAGCCGUCACACAGAUCGUCACGUUCUCUGGAGCCAUCGGUUUGCAGUCCAACAGCGCCUGCUUGCUGGGACAUUUGCAUCUGGCCCACAUCUGCAGCAGUCACAGUCACACAGCAGUUCCUCCAGAUUUCAGUUACCUCUCAGAGAAAAGUGUCGUCAGAUCCACGACGGAGUUCAUCGCAGAAGCUGGACACAAAGGUCCUCAGGCCUCCCAUCCACACCUGGUUAAGACCGCCCUCACCGCUUUGGCGUCAGUCGGCGCCUCUUUCCAGUAUCCGCCCAUCAACUGGAGCGCCGCUCUGUCUCCUUUAAUGAGGAUGAGCUUUGGAGAGGAUGUGCAGCACCAGUGUGUUGUACUGGCAGCCUGUCAGACCCAGUCCUCCCACAGCGCUGCUCUCUUUUUGGGCUCCUGGUUGUCCCCUCCCCUGGUCCACAGUCUCAGUUACCAGACCCGGGCCCACCUCUAUGAGACUCUGGGCUCGUGGAUGAAGCACGUGACUGAGGACAAGCUCCAGGUGUAUGUGGAGAGUUUGGGGCUGCAGCAGUUUCAGGAGGACCUCCGACCCCAGCGCGCGUCCCUGUGUGGCUCUGUGCUGCGGGGCCUGGCUCGAUAAUGAAGUGGAUCUGUAUGUGGGCGUGGCCAAGUGUCUGUCUGAGAUGUCUGACACAGAGAUUGAGAGGAUCAUGAAAGUCUCUGAG